AUGGCUGGAAGUUUUGAUGUCAAUACUGCGCGCAGUUGCUUCCCGGCUCUGCAGCAAAAGCAGAUCUAUAUGGACAAUGCUGGGGGAAGUCAAGUACUUGCCACAGUUGCAAACUCUAUCCGGUCGUAUCUUUUGAGCUCGAAUGUGCAGCUUGGAGCUACAUACCCAGUCUCUCAAGAAUCCACUAGUGGAUAUGAGGAAGGGUACAAUGCUGGAGCAAGCUUCAUCAAUGCUCGACCCGAAGAGAUCAGUAUCGGAGUGUCAACCACUCAGCUUCUCCACAAUCUCUCGACGGCCCUACAGUUCCAGCCUGGUGACGAGUUGGUCCUGUCCAAGCUCAACCAUGAAGCCAACACGGCUCCAUGGGUGCGAGUCGCGGAUCGCCUUGGACUAACUGUGAAGUGGUGGGCUUCCAGUGACCCUAAGAAUCCUACUUGCGACGUCAACGACCUGAAGACUCUUCUUUCCGAGAAGACUAGACUGGUCGCCUGUCCGCACGCUUCUAAUAUCACCGGAACCAUCAGUCCGGUUCGAGAAAUCGCCAAUGCAGUUCACGUUUACCCUCGUGCACUACUGUGUGUGGAUGGAGUAGCUCUCGCACCACACCGACAAGUAGACGUCCAAGCCCUGGGAGUCGACUUCUACGCCUUCUCCUGGUACAAAGUGUACGGACCCCACCUCGCACAGCUAUACGCCUCAGCCCGGAUCCACGACCAGAUCAACACGCUAGGCCACUUCUUCAAACCAACGGACACGCUAGACCACAAGCUCAACCUAGCCUCAGCCAACUACGAACUAACGCAAAGCAUCCCACGGGUAGUGGAAUUUUUCGGAGCAAAGCCCGGCACGACGUGGGCGGCGAUGGCGUCGCACGAGGAGCGACUACAGGAAAUCCUGCUCGCCUUUCUGGGCACGGAUGAGCGGAUCACCGUAAUCGGCGAGCCUCGUGCAGACCAGGCGCUCCGGGUGCCGGUGAUCAGCUUCAUUGUGCGUGGGGUUAGAAGCCAGGAGGUGGUAGAGGCAGUGGAGGCCCGGUCAGCGUAUGGGUUCCGGAGCGGACACAUGUACAGCCAUCGGCUGUUGAAGGAUGUGUGUGGAUUGGAGGAUGUGGAUGAUGGGGUCGUGCGAGUUAGUUUAUUGCACUAUAAUACGGAGGUGGAGGUAGAGGGGUUGGUGUCUGUGUUGCGGGAAGUGCUUGAUGCCUUGUAG